GACUGAAAGUGGAGUGGCCAGAGCUAAAUGGAGUAAGUGGAGUCGAAGCGAAGAGAAAGAUUGAAAGGGACAAUCCCCACGUGACUGCUUUUAUAUAUCCUCAAAAUGUCUAUCUACCAGCCAUCAAUUGUUGUAACCGUGUUAUCCUCAAAGUUCCAAGCAACAAUUGCCCCAACGGACCGGUCCUCAAUCGUCCUAAG